AUGGACUCAGCGAAGCCGAAAAGAACCAGACCUCCUCCUCGACUGCGAACAAAGACCGGCUGCUUGAAAUGCAGAGAGCGCCGGAAGAAGUGUGAUGAACGGCGGCCUGUUUGUUCAGCUUGUGAGAGACUACACAUUGAAUGCGUGUAUCGAAGACCAUCGAUCUCUUCUGCCGCCUCGCCUCAAAGCACGCGUUCCUCCCUGAGGUCUCAAUCGCCAGAGGCAGUGGUCAAAAGUCCAACCACUACCACCGCUGUGGCACCUCUUCAACGCACGUCUCUCUGGGUCCGUCCUGAAGGCAUCAAAACCGCACGGGACUGGAACAUCUUUCAAUACUGCUCAACGACGUACGUCCAAUUGUUGACGACGCCUGAUGCCACCUCUGAGUUUCGAGAUGUAUCAUUUGUUCUCUCUGCCGGCUUCGACGUCCCGUGGGUAAUGCAUGCCGCUCUGGCUCCGGCGGCACUGCACGCGUCCCAUGCUGCUCUCAUCCCCAAGGAGGAUGCUAUGGUCUACACGCAAAGCGCACUACAAGGGCUCCGGCAAGCAGCCCAGAAUUCGAGAAGUCAACCUGCUUCCAAAGAGUCGUUUCUUGCCGCAUCUCUCUUUCUCGGAAUCUUUGAGGAUUUCUAUUCUUCACCUUCGAGCCACAGCCUGACGCAUUAUCGAGCUAUCGCAUCGGUGCUGGAAGAGCAGGCGGCAGAUGUCCCCCGCUUUGAGAUAAGCCGCCUGUCCGUUUUCCACCGGACACUACUGGAUUCCGUCCUCUAUCAUUUUUCCACCAGGUUGAUCUUCGAAAAAGACAUUGAUGCCAUCUGCAGUGCCUUCCCUAACCAGACCGUAGCCAAAUACAUCGAAGCUCUCGAUACUGAUCGAAUGGAGGGCAAACAACAUGCAUCCAUCCUACCAGUUCUUGGGAAAACGCCACCAGCACUGUUCCUCCUGAUCUAUCAGAUCACCUGGCUGAGCCGACAGCUGCCAUUCAACUCCGGUCAUAAUUACACACUCGCACUGCGUUGCUUGACAGAGCUCGAUUUGCUACAGGAAACCUGCUCUAUCUUCAGCCCCGAGCAUCACGGCAUGGCCCAGACAACUACAAAGACCAGGACAAGCGACUCGGCAGUAGCAGGAAAGCUCUACUUCCUUGCUGCUCGCAUAUUCAUCGCCAAAGUACUCGAUCCGGACAGGGUGUCUAGUGCAUCCCCCGAGAUCAAAGCGCUCUUGAUGGAAGCCUUGGAAUUGCUCAAGGUGUACGAUGGUAGUGCUCCUUGUGGCCAGUUCAUCUGCUGGCCAAUAUUGAUCUUGGGCUGUGCCGCUUGUCCCAUGACCAUGUCAGAAGCGGGACUCACCAUAUCUGAUGCUCCUGACGAGAACCUUCGGUUAGAAAUGCGGAAGUUGAUCCAAAGUCAGCUCCUGCAAAUAUGGAAGGUCUCCUAUUCUGGCUACGUGAGACGGACAGCUGGCGCUCUCGAAAAGAUCUGGAAACUCCCCACAAUGCUGGUUCAGCCUUCCCUUGGCAGUAUUUCCGGGGAAUUGGAAGUGGAAUAUGACGGCCUUAAUGCUUUGAUCUCAAAAAACGGAGUGGGAACAGCCUUGCAAUGCACGACAAUAGCUAGGAAGUCGGACUAUAGCUGA